AUGACUGAGCAGCGCAAAAAUGGUCGCAAGUCCAGAUGGGGAUUCCCCGUAAAUUCCCACUGUUCUAAAGUUCCUGAUUUUCUCAAGAAGCAAGAGUGCACGUACUUUAUUUCUAUCCCUUUCAAGAAUGAGCACCUGAAGAGGUCCUUUAAUGUCUUUCGCGAGGACUUGAUUCAAAACUACCAGGAAUAUCGCGUGAAUGCUGACAUAAUCCAGAAGACUGAAAAAUUGCACAAGACGAUCCUUAAUCUGAAUCUGGGAGACGACACGAGUACCGAUCACGCCAAAGACGUCCUUGAAGGAGAGAAAGAAGCUUUGAGAAAGAUCUUGAACGACGCUGAAGGCAAACAUGUGACCAUGAGAGGUGUGAAGAAGCCAGGAAACCUGAGGCGAGUUAAUCGUCUAAGCGCGAACGUGCUUUCUGAAGUCAUUCCAAAGAUCACCGUUCAUUUGACGACGGCUUUCGCAAAGGCAGGAUUAAAGAUGAGUUCUCAGACGCCAAAUCUGCACCAAAUUGUGGUGAUGAAUGAGAAUUUGCUGAUCCCUGAGAACUGGCAGAACAUUGACUACACCUUCAAUCCAAAGCCUGUGCUGAAGAAAUAUGGAGAUUAUGAAUUUGGCUCGUUCGAUGUGGAGGAAAUUCAUCUGUCGCGCAGGUAA